AAUGAUGGGCAUAAGCAAGCUGCAGUUAUAGGAAAGCAGAUACUAAACCAGAGUCUUUCAUCACAAUUGCCAAGCACAUACCUGGUCUGGAGGUCAGUGAAGCUUAGUGAGGAUCUAUGCAAGGUGCAGAGGCUUGAAACUCCAUGGCUGCUUCCCACCAGUGAGAGAGAGUGAGUGGGAUGUGGGUGAAGGCAAGAGAGAGAACCUUAAGCAGGUUCCACACUCCAUGACUCUGAAAUCAUGACCUGAGCCAAAAUCAAGAGUCAGAUGUUUAACCAACUUAACCAUGCAGAUGCCCUGGCCCUUUGGAUUUUUAAUGGAUAUGAAUUCAACCUGUGGAAAAACUGAAAGACUCAUCAUUAAUAACGGUACAACUGACAUCAUACAGCUCCUGAUGUGACACACCGGGAAGGACACAACAUCAUCUGUGAUAGUACUGCCAGAAUGUUUCACCUGAAUCUAAUCAUGAGGAGGAAACAAUCAGGCAAACACACACUUAAGGACAUCCUGCACAGUAGCUGACCUGCGCUCUUCAAAGGCAUCAAUGUCAUAAAAGACAGGCUGAAGAGCUGUUGAAGAUUGAUGGAGACUAAAGAGACAGGACAAUUAAAUGCAAUGUGUGGACCUCCUUUGAGUUCUGGAUCAGGAGAAAACAGCCAUAGGGGAUAUUUUUGGGACAAACAGAAAGAAACAAUCCAAGGAAUGUAAAAGGAAUAUAAAAGAUCAUUUGUGUAUUACUGUUGGAAACUUGUCACUGUAGCAAUGAAGCUGAGGAGUUUUAACUGGAAAUGGAACAGAAAGAGCUCCUGAUUUUCGUUUAGAGAUCCACCUCCCUUUCAUUUUCUGCUUGUGUGUUUUGGGUAGUGGAGUGUCACCAGACUAAUAUGGCCAGAAGAGGUUUUUCUUCCGAAAAAAUGGUUGCUUUUUUGAACUUAUGCCUGAGCUUUAUCUGUUUCUCAUUAUGCCUCUGGAGCAGGACAGCAUCAGCACUGAAUCUUGAAGACCCUAAUGUGUGUAGCCACUGGGAAAGCUACUCAGUGACUGUGCAAGAGUCAUACCCACAUCCUUUCGAUCAAAUCUACUACACCAGCUGCACUGACAUUCUGAACUGGUUUAAAUGUACACGGCACAGAAUCAGUUAUCGGACUGCCUAUCGACAUGGGGAGAAAACUAUGUAUAGGCGCAAAUCCCAGUGUUGUCCUGGAUUUUAUGAAAGCAGGGAAAUGUGUGUCCCCCACUGUGCUGAUAAAUGUGUCCAUGGUCGCUGCAUUGCUCCAAACACCUGUCAGUGUGAGCCUGGCUGGGGUGGAACCAACUGCUCCAGUGCCUGUGAUGGUGAUCACUGGGGGCCCCACUGCAGCAGCCGGUGCCAGUGCAAGAAUGGGGCCCUGUGCAACCCCAUCACGGGGGCUUGCCACUGCGCUGCAGGUUUCCGGGGCUGGCGUUGUGAGGACCGCUGUGAGCAGGGCACCUACGGUAAUGACUGUCACCAGAGAUGCCAGUGUCAGAAUGGAGCCACCUGCGACCACGUCACAGGGGAAUGCCGCUGCCCACCAGGGUACACUGGAGCCUUCUGUGAGGACCUUUGUCCCCCUGGCAAGCACGGUCCGCAGUGCGAGCAGAGAUGUCCCUGCCAAAAUGGAGGAAUAUGUCAUCACGUCACCGGAGAAUGCUCUUGCCCUUCGGGCUGGCUGGGCACAGUCUGUGGUCAGCCUUGCCCCGAGGGUCACUUUGGAAAGAACUGUUCACAAGAAUGUCAGUGCCAUAAUGGAGGGACGUGUGAUGCUGCCACAGGCCAAUGUCAUUGCAGUCCAGGAUACACAGGGGAACGCUGCCAGGACGAGUGUCCCGUUGGCACAUAUGGAGUUCGCUGUGCUGAGACCUGCCAGUGUGUUAAUGGAGGGAAGUGUUAUCACGUGAGUGGCUCAUGCCUCUGUGAAGCAGGCUUUGCUGGUGAGCACUGUGAGGCACGCCUGUGUCCCGAAGGGCUCUAUGGCAUCAAAUGUGACAAGCGGUGUCCCUGCCACUUGGACAACACUCAUAGCUGUCACCCCAUGUCUGGAGAGUGUGCCUGCAAGCCGGGCUGGUCAGGACUCUACUGUAACGAAACAUGUUCUCCUGGAUUCUUUGGGGAAGCUUGCCAACAGAUCUGCAGCUGCCACAACGGGGCUGAUUGUGACAGUGUGACUGGAAAAUGCAUCUGUGCCCCAGGAUUCAAAGGAAUUGACUGCUCUAUCCCAUGCCCAUUGGAAACCUAUGGGAUAAACUGCUCCUCUCUCUGUGGCUGUAAGAACGAUGCUGUCUGUUCACCUGUAGAUGGGUCUUGUACUUGCAAGGCAGGCUGGCACGGGGUGGACUGCUCCAUCAGCUGUCCCAGUGGCACGUGGGGCUUCAGCUGUAACCUGACCUGCCAGUGCCUCCACGGGGGAGCCUGCAACACCCAGGACGGGACCUGCACGUGUGCGCCUGGAUGGCGCGGGGACAAAUGUGAACUCCCCUGCCAGGAUGGCACAUACGGGCUGAACUGUGCGGAGCGCUGUGACUGUAGCCAUGCGGAUGGCUGCCACUCCACCACAGGCCACUGCCGCUGCCUCCCUGGAUGGUCAGGUGUCCACUGCGACAGUGUGUGUGCUGAGGGGCGCUGGGGACCCAAUUGCUCUCUGCCCUGCUACUGUAAAAAUGGGGCUUCAUGCUCCCCAGACGAUGGCAUCUGUGAGUGUGCGCCAGGGUUCCGAGGCACCACUUGUCAGAGAAUCUGCUCCCCUGGUUUUUAUGGGCAUCGCUGCAGCCAGACAUGCCCGCAGUGCGUGCAUAGCAGUGGGCCCUGCCACCACAUCACAGGCCUGUGUGACUGCUUGCCUGGCUUCACAGGUGCCCUCUGCAAUGAAGUGUGUCCCAGUGGCAGAUUUGGGAAAAACUGUGCUGGAGUUUGUACCUGUACAAACAAUGGAACCUGUAACCCCAUUGACCGAUCUUGUCAGUGUUAUCCGGGGUGGAUUGGCAGUGACUGCUCGCAACCUUGUCCUCCUGCGCAUUGGGGUCCAAACUGCAUCCACACGUGCAACUGCCACAAUGGGGCGUUCUGCAGUGCAUACGACGGGGAAUGUAAAUGCACUCCUGGCUGGACCGGACUCUACUGCACUCAGAGAUGUCCCCUGGGUUUUUACGGAAAGGACUGUGCUUUGAUAUGUCAGUGUCAGAAUGGAGCUGACUGUGACCACAUCUCUGGGCAGUGUACAUGCCGCACUGGGUUCAUGGGGAAGCACUGUGAACAGAAGUGCCCUGCGGGAACAUAUGGCUAUGGCUGUCGCCAGAUAUGUGACUGUCUGAACAACUCCACCUGUGACCAUAUCACUGGGACUUGUUACUGCAGCCCAGGCUGGAAGGGGGCACGGUGUGAUCAAGCUGGAGUCAUUAUUGUUGGAAAUCUGAACAGCUUAAGCAGGACCAGUACAGCUCUCCCUGCCAAUUCCUACCAGAUCGGAGCCAUCGUGGGCAUCAUCAUUCUUGUACUGGUUGUUCUCUUCCUCCUGGCGUUGUUCAUUAUUUACAGACAAAAGCAAAAGGGAAAGGAAUCAAGCAUGCCUGCAGUUACCUACACCCCUGCUCUGAGGGUCAUGAAUGCAGACUAUACCAUUUCAGAAACCCUUCCCCACAGCAACAGUGGAAGUGCUAACAGCCAUUACUUCACUAACCCCAGUUACCACACACUUACCCAGUGCGCCACAUCCCCUCAUGUCAACAACAGGGACAGGAUGACCAUCGCAAAGUCAAAGAACAAUCAGCUGUUUGUGAAUCUGAAAAAUGUGAAUCCUGGGAAGAGAGGCCCAGUGGCAGACUGCACGGGAACAUUGCCAGCAGACUGGAAACAUGGCGGCUACCUUAAUGAGCUUGGAGCUUUUGGACUUGAUAGAAGUUAUAUGGGAAAAUCCUUGAAAGAUUUGGGAAAGAAUUCUGAAUAUAAUUCAAGUAACUGCUCCUUAAGCAGUUCUGAAAACCCAUAUGCCACUAUUAAAGACCCGCCUGUACUUAUCCCCAAAAACUCAGAGUGUGGCUAUGUGGAGAUGAAGUCACCAGCACGGAGAGAUUCCCCCUAUGCAGAGAUCAAUAACUCAACUUCAGCCAACAAGAAUGUCUAUGAAGUUGAACCUACAGUGAGUGUUGUCCAAGGAAUAUUCAGCAAUAAUGGGCAUCUCACCCAGGAUCCAUACGACCUCCCAAAGAACAGUCACAUCCCUUGCCAUUAUGACCUGCUGCCAGUCCGAGACAGUUCAUCCUCCCCCAAGCGAGAGGAUGGUGGCAGUGGCAGCAGCAGCAGCAGUGAAUGACACCAAAGGACUGCCCGGUAGCCGCUGGAACAGUUUCCAGAAUUGCAAUUCGGUUCUUCUCCAGCGUCAAGUUUGCCACCUUAGGUGAAUGUUAAUCUACUUGGUAGGCAACUGUUGGACGUGAACCAGAAAGCUCAAAGCUGAGGCUGACUGACCAUAGGUCCCUCUUGUACAGGUGGCUUGGAAGGAGAUACCAAUGUGACUUCCUCGUCUUCUUACUCAUAGAACUGCACCCGUGAAGCACGACUUCUUAUAAGAUCCAGGCUAAAAGCGUGGACUUUCUGAGGUCCUCGGGAGGGAGUCAUGGGGUGUGGUGGCCAUUGGUAUUACUGCUUGAACAAUUAAAAUUUAAAUAUUUUCUUUCUCAUUUGCAUUGCAGAGCUGUACCGAGGAUUGUGCAGUUUAUCAUAAAAUCUAGUGUGAAUCACCAUACAUGUAGAAGAAAGGGGGUCUAUUAUCGAGUCCUUAUGUGUAUUUUUUUCAGCGGAUCUCAGAAUUAUAGGGAUAAUACGAACCCAGGAAGAAGUGUUCUGUCGAGUGGCAUACCUGCAGAGACUUUGGAUAGACUCUAGAAUUGGUUAGCACAUUUAAAUAUGGAAACUUUAGACUUUUUUUAGGAUGAAGAAAUGAAAAAUUAGAGUUAUUUUAGAAAUAGUAGAAUUAUUUCAGGAAUCAGUAUACAGGUGUGGCCAGCAGAGGUUAGUCGUCUUUGACCCUUGGCCCACUUUGAUCCAUGACAUCAUUCUGAUCGCUGUCCCCAUUGUAUAUAUUCACCACUUAAGGUCCAUAACAUAUCAAUAAUUAUUUCAUAAAUGUAGAAAUGAAAUGGUUUUAUUUUUGACAGACUGGAUUGAAUGAGUGUGUAAUGAUUGGAAAAGGCUGUAAAUUUUAAGUGUAAGAAGAUGCUUCGGUUUUGUAAACCAUUAGUAACACAUGCUGUAAUAUAGAAUUAGCAGAAAGUUUUGAUUAAUUUUUCCCCAGAAGUGACCGGAAUAUUUUUGUGCAUAUUUGAGAAAAGGGCACUUUCCUUUUAUUAAUUGUUGAUUUAGAGAAACUAUGCUUAAGCUGGUCUUUUGCAUUGCUAAUAUGAUGUGUACCCCAUUUUUCAUUAAUUUGUAUUUCCAUUUUUAAGUUGUAUAUUCUAUGUUUUGUAGUGCUUGGAUUGUUAAUGAAAAAAAUUAUAUUAUGUUCAUUGUUUCUUGUAUUAUUGCCACUUCUUGCUUGAUAAAAAUGCAGCGUCCUUUUUUACUUUUGGAGGGAGGAGAUGAAAAUAUAUAAAUCAACUCUAUUAAAAUUGAUCAUUACUAAAAUGGUAAAGUCACCAUAGGUGAAUGGCUUAUAAUUGAAAUAGAGAAGCUGCUAAAUAUUCCAAAAUGGAGCUCCUUUUGGUCUGUGGGUUCUGAGUAUUGGUUAAACCAGGGGCAAGGGAAACGAGGAGCCGUUGGUUUAUUGAACAAGUACCACAGACUGGUCUUACUGAAGACCUUCUCUGGGAUGAUCACACAGCUGAUCAUCCAGAUUGGGACACUAUGAGUGUAAAUGAGGGCAUUAUUAAUAUUUAACCUACAAUGGGCUUAAAUAUGGACUGUCCCAAGCAAACCAGAAUAGAUGCUUGUCUUGUGCAUACCUGUCACGCACUAACAUUUUUCAAUUCAAGAGAGUUGUCUCCAGAGAAUGCCAACAUGGUGCAAGAAAGUCGGUUUCUCUUUGAUCUACCUGAGCCAGUGGAAGGUCUGAAAAGCUGCGUGAGGAGCAACCUUAUGAGAGCAAACAGUGGCUAUGAAUCUUUAAGGACAUGAAAACCUAUAUGGUAUCUCAGCGAGUCAAUUGACACAUAUGUAUUGUGCACCCAUUCUGCCAGUAGUAUACAUAAGGCAUUGUCCCUGCCAGCCAUCAAGUUAGGGGAUCCUGUCAUUUCAUGUCACACACCUGCACCUGUGAUGAUAGUUUGGUCAGGGAGAUAAUAGAACAAACAAACCUAGAGCAUUCACUCUUUUGAUGGCUGUUUCUUGUAGAGAAUCUCAAAAUGAAUUCAAGGAAAUAUGGAAUUACCCAGAACACACCUUAGAAACAAUUGAUUCAUUCCAACAGUUGACCUUUGGUCGACCCUUGGCUCUAGGGGGUAGGCAUCUCAUUGAGACCAUUGUGGGUCAAUAGCCAGGAAAUGUCCUUUCUGGUAAGAAAAAAAUCAUUUUCUUCUUCUUUAACCAUCAUCUCUUCACUGCUCCACAAUACAUUUGAGUUUCUCCAUUUCUUCCUAUACAUAAUUUUAAAGACAAUAACUUCUUUUCUCAUUACACUAUUAAAAAAGAGAAAACCCUAAAAGCUUCAUGUACAAAGACAACAGCAUCUUAUGCAGAAAGCCCAGGUGACAGAUGUAGACUGCAAAGGGCCACUGCCAUUCCUCCCUGGGUGUUCUUUCUGGCAGAUCAAUGGCUCAGGAUUGCUGCUGUCCUGAAACCACAUUUGUAUCAGAGGUGAGUCUUGCUCACUAGAGUUCAUUCGAGAUUUUUUCAAACAUCAGAACACACAUAGCAUUUUGGACAUCGUAAAACUACAUGGUGUAUUUGGAGAGGUCUAGCUGACAAGACAGAACCUCCUAGAUAUUUUGAUAUAGAUUCGGGUAAAGAGAGAAAUAUUUUUGUCAGAAUGAAAAUUAAAAGGCAAAAGGACCUGGCAAGUUUUUUUUCCCUCUGAAAUUGACACCUUUUGGACUCUUCCAGAUAUAUCAAAUGUAAUUUAAUGGUGAUGUCAUUCUUCAUACACAGGGAAUCUAUUCUCGUGACCUUUGAACUCAUUCAUUUGGGACCAUAAAAUUAAUUUCUUCCUUAUAUCCUACAGUGGCCAGAGCAGUAAAUGAGUUUGGCAGUACCAAGGAAAAGCCAUUCUUUCCCUUGAGCAUGCUAUGUCGGAAAAUUUAUAGACUAUUUGUAUUUAUAUAUAAAUACAACAAAAGUGGCCCAACAUAGCUUAUGUGCUUGUUUUAAUAUGGAGAAUAUGUUAUUUAUAGUUAAUUAUAUGAUAAGGAGUAUUUAAUAAUUAUUUACAAUGCUUGAUAUAAAUUCCUCUCACAUGCUACAGUCAUUAGGCUAAAAGAGAGUUUAAUGUGUUUAGCAUUACCUCUAUGGUAAAUUAUAUUUGCCAAUUUUAGGAAUUUUAUAAGAUAGUUAUAACCUGCCCCAACCAAUUCCAUUAGCACAACCACUGUGUUUGUAAGAAAUGCAGACCACUUUAUGAAAAUGUGGUUGCCACAGAGCCACAGCAGUACUUGACAAUUAUUGGGGAUUUUUAAACCAUAAAUAUUGAAAAAGUUGCAUAGGAAUAUAACACUACUAAUUCAUGUCGAUAUUAGAAGUCCAGUUACGACUUAAAAUAAGAUGAAGUCAUAAAAACUGCAUUUUAAGGCCAUGUUUUUUAAAAUAACAAAUUUUCUAUCUUCAGGUAACAUCUUUAUUAUUCAAACUAAGUAUUUAAUUGAUAUUUUUAUCUUAAAGUCUUUACGUCUGGAAAGUGUAUAUAGAUGUACAAAUAUGAGUCACAUGUUGUGGAUGACGGCUUAUUUCUUAAUUAAAGAUGUACAGUUCAGCAAACUGGCCUUUUUGAGUCCUCCUAUUAGUGGCAUCCUAACCCUGAGUCUGCUUGUUUUCAUUCAGUAUUUAGUCCAGACUUCCUUUUGAUAUGAACAACUGCAACAUAUAUUUUUAAAAAGAGAAAAAUCCAAAUACAUAAGAAUUUUCUUGAUUAUAGCAAACAAAAAAAAUGCUUUUGGUGUGAAAAUAUCUCUAUUUUCCAAAU